AUGGGCAUUCACGCAGACAAGGUUGAGAUGAACAACAUUGUCUUGAUGGCCAAGUUCCUUGUCGUGGCGGAGAUUCUCUAUGCUUGGAAUCUUGGCUGGACGAAGUUGAGCUUGUUGAUGAUGUACUAUCGCAUCUUCCACAUCCCGUUUUUCAAAAAGAUGAUUUGGGCCGUCGGCAUCUUCGUAUUUUCCUGGGUUAUUUGCAUCACCUUCCUCUUCAUCUUCAUUUGCGUUCCUGUCGAGAAGCUGUGGUACCCCGACAUCCCUGGUCGCUGCAUCAACCAGGUCGCUACAUGGAUCGCGAACGCCGCCUCGACUAUCUUUACCGAUCUUCUCAUUCUGCUUCUCCCGAUCCCCCAAGUUUGGAAAUUGCAACUGCAAAAGGCUGAGAAGAUUGCCUUGACAUUCGCUUUUGGUCUUGGUUUCUUCGUUGUCUUUACCUCGGCCUACCGAACCAGUGUACUCUUUACAUACAACGGCCAGGACCCGACAUAUACACUCGCGCCGACUGUCGGCUGGACAGCCAUCGAAAUGUCUGCCGGUAUCGUCUCGGCAUGCCUGCCAACACACCGUCCAGCCAUACAACGCGUUGCCCGCCUCUGCGGUAUCAAGGGCAGCAUGGGUGGCAUGUUCCGCGCCCCGACUGCACUAGGUUUCGGUUCCAAGAGCAACAAGUCCAACUUUAGCAACGGAAUGUCCUCGCAGGACCCAAACGGCACGCAGGUCGCUCGCAGCCUCUCGACGACAAAGCAUGGCGCGGGAAACGAGGCCUUUUAUCGCCUGCCUGAUGACAACGGCUCGGACGGAACACGUCGCCAGAACACCCCUCCGGCGAAUGACCCAAAACUGAGGCCUGACAUGGGCGGACGCGAAUUUGAAUACACCGUUUCGAGCUACCCUGCGAAGCCGGACGACAAGAGCGAAGACGAGAUUCCUCUUCACUCUAUUCGUGUCCAGAAAGAUUUUAAGCAGACGACAUCAUGA